AUGGUUGGCAAGGUUGAGGAAGUUAGAAAUGAAACUGAAGAAAUAUUGAAAAAGUUCCUAAAGAACAAUCAGGUUCCAAUCAAUGAUGAUGAAUCACAAAAGGAAGGUACUUCUCAUCCAAUAGACCGGGCCCAUAUAACCCUUGAUGCAGAGGACAGUCAAAAUCCUUUGGUUGACCACCCGGAGAUGGUGGAAGGGAAAGUUGAAGAGGCCAAGGAGACACCAAAAGUUGAUACUGUACCAAGUGGUGACACCGAUGCGCAGGUUGAAGAAAAAGAAAAAAUUAAAGAAGAAAUUCAUACUGAGCAGGAACUGAAAAAGGAUGAAGGUAAUGAAGAAGCAGAGAAGGACAAGGACAAAGAGGAGAUACCAGAAAAAGUAGAUAAUGUGCAUAUAUUGGCAGAUACACAGAAUGUACAGAUUGAGGGUACAGUUAAUGUGGAACCAGCAAUAACAGAUACCGCACCAAGUGGCGAAGCCACUGAUGCAGAAGAGGAUACUGUUAAAGAUAAUAAACCAUCAAAGAGAAAGGGAGAGGAAUCCAGCAGGGAACUGGUAGUAAGGCUUAGAAUUGCAGAGAUGGGAGGGCCACCCAUUAGACAUGAACCUAUAUAUCAUGAACUCCUUUCAGAUGGUGACUAUGAACCUUUGUUUCGAGCAAGUGGGUAG